CCCAUCAAGCUCCAAGCUCUUCAAUUCGUCAGCUGAUACUAGUAUCGGUGGAAACUGUCACGGAAGGCAAGAGUUCGCAAGAGCAUAAAGUGGUCUGAUCGCCCUCGACUCCCUCUUCUGGUUCUUUUUCUCCUUCUUCCCUCGCCUUUCGCUGAUGGCUGCCGAAUCAGGCUAGACAAGGCGAUGAGAUGUCUCUCACCAUCCAGAGACUGUUCAUCUAUCCUGUCAAAUCUCUGCCACCAGUGCAAGUCACUUCCGUCGAACUCACCAAUGAAGGUCUUCGCUUUGAUCGAUGUUUCGUCCUGGUGACUCCUCCCAAGGACAAUUCACGCGAGGCCAAAUUCUUGACCAUCAAAAAGCAUUUCAAGCUCAUGCUAUUUAAACCCACCAUUGACGACUCCUGGACCAAGCUGACCAUCAGUCACAUCCACGCCAAUCCACCGUCUUCAAUCACCGUCCCUCUUACUCCAUCCCCAUUGUCGCUGCUUCAAAGCAAGACCUUCGAAGUCAGCAUUUUCGGUACGACGGCCAUUGGCAUUGAUCUAGGCGAGGAAUCGGCUUCAUUCUUCUCCAAGCAUCUCGGUCAAGAUGUACGGCUCUUGUCCAUUGGAGGCACAGGACGUCGUGAGAUUCCCGGGGCUGCCUACCUACCCAGUCAGCACAAUGCCCUCUCCUUAGCUCUGAGAGAGGGCCUCCAGCCUCAGCGUAUCCGGUUUGCGGAUGCUGCUCCCUUGCUCAUUACUUCUACGGCAUCAGAGGAAGACGCUCGGUCACGUCUGCCCAAGGAAUGGCAGCACGAGGACAUCAUCGUGCGCUUUAGGCCAAACAUCCAUGUGGAUGUCAAGGGUCAACUACCAGCAUACGAUGAGGAUAAUUGGUCCUCACUCCUUGUUCGAUCCCAAUCCGAUGAAGCACAGGAAGUCACCAUCAAGUGUAUCUUCCGCACCGUGCGCUGCCUUAGUCUGAACGCUGAUCCCGACACUGGCGAGAUGAUACAUCGAGAUCGACAGCUUUACGGGCUACUAGCUAGCGACAGGAGAGUCAACGACAAGUUUCCCCACAAACCUGUGUUCGGUCAAUACGGCUUUGCUGGACCAUCGGGUGCCAUCCUGCGCACUGGAGACCAAGUUUUUGUAACCGAGCGAAAACAGCGGACAUAAUAGUCGGAUGACCAGCCACAUUCUCCAUUUACGGAGUCGAAUCGACAUACCUCGUUCCUACAUACAGUUCCUGCGUGCACGUCGCAUACUGUGCCACCUGAGUCUUCCUGCCGCCGCACCGUCACUACCCAGGACUUGAUCGUCACAUAUACCCCGCGCAGUAAUUCAGUGUGACAGGGUCAGCAAGGUGCGCUCCGCGAGUCCACAGCAGUGCAGUGUCCAUGGGCAGGACAGCACGACAAUUCGCAGACCCGACAGCCAUGGCCUUGCUAUCGAGACACUUGCCAAGCUCAACGUCACAAUGACCGACAUACCUUCCUUGAACGAGCCCUGGCUACCUUCUGUGUAAAACGGCUACGGUCAAGCAGGUCGCAGAAGAGCAACAACGCUGUGCGAUGCUAAUACCUCAGACUACGACCAUUGUCGUACUAAGCCACAACUGUCCCCAACAGAUACGGCCAUUCGAGAAAUGACUUGAGAACACGGCUUGACCACCAAUGACAACAUCCAAUAUGAAAUCAUUAACGAACACGACCCAUUAUUUAAAAGCCCAUAUGGCUCGGACACAGUGGUCAUGAUUCAACGCCGAACUGGAUCAAUAGGUCCAUACGAAUCUAUUUCCAUAUAAUGCUUUAUAACCAUCAUUAAUCUCAUCAAUGGGUAUCAUCACGGCCGUGAUCGGUCUAUCCCGGCCCUAUUGUCCGGCAAAUGUUGCUGCAUCUGUCCAUCUUGAACUCCUGUCGCUCGGUGCAAAAUUGACAAUUCUCCCAUUUGCAUCAUGUCUCACCCAAAUGGACUCUCCGGCCUCACCACGCCGCGUCCCUCCUUCCACUUCCGUUCCUUCUCUCGAUCAAACCUCCAAAUACCAUUGAUGCCUUUCAGUCUCUCGACCUCGCCGUCAUGGCCCACCAUCUCGAACAACCGCUCGAUGACUUCUUUAUUCUCGCCAUCCAGGUCCGGCGUCCGAUUGAAGAACAUGCUCUCCCACUGCUGGCCCUGUUCCUGCUCUUGUUCCCUCAUGCGUCUCUGCGCCUCCUCGAGCUUACUCUUCUCAUUUACGAUAGUCGUCUGAUCACCCCGGCGGAUUGCAUCAAACGUCUCCUUCCACGCCCGUCGACUUUCCCAUGGGCUCUGCUUCUCGACAGGCGCUAUCGUCGCCGGCACAGGCUGGUUCUUGGCGUCCGCUAGGUCAAAGACCUCGAUCUCGUGGCCGUGCGUGUUGUAUAUGCUGAACCGGCUGCUCCAGUGUCCGCCCAUCAUGUAUAUGGCGUCCUUGGUUAUAUCGUCCGUCCGGUACACGCUGGCCUCAAAGACGUUGCGCUCCCCACCCCACAGUUUUUUUGGGAUGAAUUUCAUCUCGGCCGUGAAACCAGUGGAGCUGAUGAUCUUGUAUGUGUCGCCGAGUUCGGGCCAGGGGACGCCUGUCAACACACCCCGUGCCCGUACAUCGGGUAGCGGAAGCAGGUACGUCUCGUUGUACUUGUCGACCGUCAGCAGGGCAUGGCCAGAUUGGCGAAUGAUGAUCGAUGUGCCGGACAAGGUUGUUUGUUGCGUGGAGUAGGCCUCGGCGUGGACGCCAUGCUCAUCGGACGACAAGUAGCAUGCCGUGGUGGGUGGGUGAUGGGAGACUUGCUCGCUUAUCACCCGGACUGUGGAAGAGGUGUCCUUUUCCGAAGACAAGUCAUGGUCGGUAUAUUCACACAAGAACAGUUCGCCAAGGAACGGGUUGAGCGGCUUCUUCAGGCCCUCUUUGACGGUCCGCCCGACGUAAUAUUGUCGUUGGAGCGAGGCGAGGUACAACUUGAGGACGGCCAAGCACCGCUUUUCAGGCGAGGUCUCAUGUGCGGGUGCUGUGAAUAGUGAUGGUCGUUCGGCCCAGUAGCUGGGGAAUUCGGUGAGAGAUUGAGGGGCGAGGAUGAAUGGCGGGGCAGUGAUGUGUGAGAUGUCGCCUGAGACUGUGGCUAGGAAAGAGAGGAAGUCUCUUAGGGCGGAUACAUUGCCCAGCCUGGCGACCAUUUUGUGUUAGUUUCGACUGUCGACUAAAAGUGUGGUGUAGAGAAUCAGUCGUGGAAUAUCGUGGAUCAAAUGUUUAUAGUGACGGCACUUGAUUGGGGGGAAAUGGAAGAGUCACGAGCGACGGUAGCGAGAUAUAAAAAUCUUGUGGCAAAGAUAGAACGUCCAAGAACUGGGUGGCGUGGAAAUUCGGUGAAAGCUUUGGGACUGAGGGACAUAAAAAGAAAACACUCGGGUAUUUGUAUCUUCUCGUAUUCAAUAGAAGGGAGAAUGGAGAAAGGGACCAGGAACAGCAACGAGGAAAAGGAGUGGAAGAUAAUGAAUGAUCAGGCUCACCUUCCAUCACUUGGUGUGUGGCUCUGGCUUUGGCGACUCGCAUCCGAAUCCCAGACCGACGAACCAUCCGACUGUUCAGAUUCGCUUUUCUCCCUGCUUCUUCUGCGUUUCAUCUUUACUCGCAGUCUGUCCAUAUUGGCGCUAGAUAGGAAAGACGGGGACGGGAGCUUCGUUAUCGUCCACCAGCCUCACGGGUUGUCACCGGCCGCGCGUCCAACUGGCGUAAGCGGAGAUUCUCCUGGGUUAGAGAACGGUUUUUCGAAACAAAGGUUAAGCGUCAAGCGAUGCGAAAG